AUGGCCGUGAUACGACCAGAGAAUAUGUAUUCGUUGGGAGUAUUGCUUGGGCUUCUGUCCUUUGCAGUGGGACAGGGUGGUUUGUUGUAUGACCCCGCGAAGUACCCUGACCUUCCCAAGUAUGGACCACAGCCCAAUGCCCCUUAUAUGGUGGAUAACCAACAUAAUUACUUCAAAGUUGCCCCAGAUAAAGGAGAACAAAAUGGCCCCGUUUGGCUGAAGUCAGGCAGUCUCAAGAAUUAUAUGGCACAUCUUGCGGACCCAGCAGGAUACGGUCACACCCUGAUUGGAGACUCCGGUAAGGUCAUGGAAGUAACUGGAGAUCCUUUCAACGUUACUGCUGCGGUUAGCAAUUACUGGUUGCCACAACUUGCACCGCUGGGAAAGCAACCUCUUGCGGGAACAAACUACAAGUUCUACAGGGAUGUUGUCAAAUAUGGAGCCGAUAAUACCGGCAAAAAGGAUGCCACAGAGGCAAUUAAUGCGGCCGUUGCAGAUGGUAACCGGUGUGGGUUGGAAUGUGGAAACACAUUUAUGCUAGGGGCCAUUAUCUACUUUCCCCCUGGGACAUACAAGAUUUGUAGACCUGUUAUUCAGCUCUAUUAUACCCAGUUCAUCGGUGAUGCCCUUGAUCCGCCGACAAUCAAGGGGUGUGAUACAUUUCAAGGCAUUGCUCUUUUUGAUACAGAUCCCUAUAUCCCUGGUGGUAAUGGCCAAAAUUGGUACAUCAACCAAAACCAAUUCUUCCGUCAAAUUCGGAACUUUAUCUUCGACUUGACUGAGAUGCCCCUGCAGACAAAUGACCACGAUCAACCGCUUGUACCAACUGGUAUCCAUUGGCAGGUGUCUCAAGCUUGCUCAUUGCAGAAUCUGGUCUUCAACAUGCCAAAGGCCACUGAUAAGAACAAGGCCACCCACGUCGGCAUUUUUAUGGAGAACGGUAGCGGCGGAUUUGUGUCAGAUUUGGUGUUUAACGGGGGCAACAUUGGUUGGCGUGCCGGUUCUCAACAAUACACAGCCAUGAAUAUUAAAUUUAAUGGCUGUCUCACUGCAGUUCAGAUGAUUUGGGACUGGGGUUUCAAUUGGCAACGUAUUCAAGUCGACGGUGGAGCCAUUGCUUUUAACAUUAGUGGCAGGGGCGGUAGCACUGGUCAAGGGAUAGGAUCUGUUUCCAUCAUUGAUUCCAAAAUAUCCAACUGCCCGAUUGCUAUCUUGACCAACUCUCAGAAAGAUACCAAAAAUAGUUCCCCCAAUAUUGUCAUUGACAACCUGGAGAUGAGUAAUGUUGGAACAACUGUUAAAAGUGAGACUGGUGAGGUAAUCCUCGCGGGGACUAGCAAAGUUGACCUCUGGGCCAUUGGACGUCGUUAUAACGGCUACAAGGGAACAUAUACCUCAGGCAAAGUUGACGCACCUCGCAAGGGGUCGCGUUUGCUUGACAAGGAUGGCAAGCUCUUCUAUCGACGUCGCCCUCAGUAUGAGGAAUUUGGGAUAGGCCAGUUUCUAAUUGCCACAGAACAUGGCUGCAAGAAUGAUGGCACUGGGGAUAACACACAGGCUAUUAAUAGCUUUCUUCAAGCAGCCAAGGACGCCGGCCAGAUUGCGUAUUUCCCAGCGGGCAUCUACCGGGUAGGCAGCACUGUACUCAUACCAACUGGCUCUAGAGUGGUAGGCGGGAGCUGGUCCCAAAUACAGGGAGCCGGCUUCUAUUUCAACGAUUUGCAUAACCCUCGCGUGGUAGUACAGGUGGGAAAGAAGGGCGAUGUGGGUACCAUGGAAAUAGUCGAUAUGAUGUUCACCGUGCAGGGAGCCACAGCGGGUGCCAUCGUUCUUGAAUGGAAUGUGUACGAGAGCAGCCAAGGGUCCGCGGCUAUGUGGGACUCGCACGUUCGAAUUGGGGGAGCUGCGGGUAGUGAUCUAGAUUUCAAGACUUGCUCGAAGUUUGGUUACGAAGACAGCUGUAUUUGUGCUUCGCUGCUGUUUCAUGUCACCCCCCAGGCAUCGGGUUAUUUCGAGAAUGUCUGGAUAUGGCUGGCAGAUCAUGAUAAUGAUAUGAAUGUCUAUAACACCCCGGAUAAAAUAUCAAAUCAAAUUAGCUUAUACGCAGCCCGUGGUACAUUGAUCGAGUCUAAGGGACCAUCCUGGUUCUACGGCACUGGCUCAGAGCACACUGUCUUGUAUCAGUAUCAACUAUAUGGUGCAAAAGAUGUGUAUCUUGGUCACAUUCAAACAGAGACCCCAUAUUUCCAACCUGUCCCGCUGGCACCUUUACCAUUUCAGACCGGCAAGGAGUUCCCUGGUGAUCCGUCCUUUGAGAAGUGCAAGACUAUCGGCUGUCAAGAAGCUUGGGGUUUGCGUAUCAUAAACUCUGAGGGUAUAACUCUCCACAGCUCAGGUUUAUAUAGCUUCUUUGAGGAGUACUACCAAGACUGCGUCCCGAAACACAAUUGCCAAGAGGGUCUUCUUGAAGUCAGAGGAAGCAAGGAUGUUGCUCUUUUCAAUAUUUUCACAGUGGGUGUCCAGAAGAUUGGAACUGGCAUUAACAAUGGGGCCAUUUUUCAAAAUGACUCAAACCAAAGUGGAUUUACUACAGAAGUCAGCGUAUGGCUUCCGUUGCCUGGGGAUGACAAUUUCGACGUUGUUUAUGUCGGGACUGAAGUAUACAACAAGCCCUCAGUCACAUGCCCUGCCAACUGUAUUCUUGUUUUCCCAACAAGUUCACUUGCAUCAAAAACGACCAUAGAUCCAGGUAAGUAUACAACUUCUCUCGAAUAUGGCCGUAGUGGCACCACAACUAUCGGCGGACAGCCAAUUCCAACAUUCUUCACAACAACUACGACGGUGACGCUGGAUAUAAACCCGAUCACCACUGAUGGCAUACCCUACUCAAAUAUCAAUAUGACUGAAGGACAGGCAAAGUCCACACUUACUGUAUUGCCCAGCGUUGAUAUCCCCCCAAUUCCUGUGCCUUUGCCAGACGGAGAAGGAAAGACUACAACUCGAAAUGUAACUGUUCCGCCAUGGCCCGACAUUACUAGAGGGCCCCCUGACGGGUCCCGUCGGGGGGACCAUACUGCUACACGGACAGACGAAGAUACCAGACCAGGAGUUUAUCACACUCCUUAUGUGACCACUAUAUCUGCUGCCCGCGCAAUAGUGACAACUAUUUCAUUCCCAGCAACAGUUAGUCCAAUUGUAGUCACAUGCCCCCCUAACACAAAGGUUCCUUUCAAUACUCCAAAGACUAUAGCCACUGUCUACUGUCCGACUCCCACCACAAUCUCUGUUGCCUUCACUUGCCCUGCAACAAAAGUUGUCACUUUUCUUGGCUCAUCUGCUGGAGUUUUUACAGUUGACUGCACUCUCUCCACAACUUUCAGUAAGGAGCCGCCAAUCACAACCCCGGUGCCCACGGGAGACCCGACGACUACCUGGCCAUUGCCAGUGUGGUCAACGUGGCCCCCCAGGGCAGUUAUCCCGAUUGAGGAGGAAGUCGAUGACCCAGAGCCAGGCAAAACGCCUUGCAACCUUUGGUUUUUCUCCAUAUGUCUCAACAAAGGUACAUUCAAGGGGUUGGAGUGGAUUCUGCCACCAGGAGUAUAUCCACCAGGCCCACCGCCUGCCCGCCUUAUUGAUCUGCCUCCAACAUGGUCGAUCAAACCUCCUCUCCCGCCUUGGCCCCAAAUCACCGUUGGCCACGAUAAUAUUGUAACAUACCCCAAACAGGAACCUACUAAGUGCGAGAAAAAAUCAGCAUCAAUCUGUGGAAAAACUGUGUUCAAGACAAUAACAACUACCGGAACAAUCACCUCAACAAUUUCAUCCACCUUGUCUACGUGUGACACGAUCUAUGGUUGUUCAGUCUCAGGUGGAGCGGCAACAACAACUACGACAAAAACUUCUGAUAACUGCCCAUUGCCAACCACCAGACCGAAGGCUCUUCAAACAGGCAACCCUGAUUCUGGCGGGUCAAAACUUGAGUCUGGACUGGUUGCUGCUGCUGGUCCACCACCUCCCGGCUGCCCAGCAGACGCUAUUGUAUAUCCAUCCAAUCCGAGAAAUGUUGGGAAGAUUCCUGACAUUCUCGCUGCCUACAAAGGGAAGUAUGUGGAAGUUAAGUCCGAGUCAUUCCAGUUCACGUCAUUCUUCUGGGUUCCCGUCUUGGAUCAGAAGACCAUGGAUGUCUUGAGAGAAUCUCCUGACGUCGAAUUCGCUUAUUACUACCAACAAUGGAAUGCCAACGUUGGUCCGGUGGAGCCUCGCCCUCGCAUGCGUACGUUCGCCAAUUCCCUAACACAGGGCGUUGGCAGCCGGUCAAAUGUCAGCGAUGUGAUUUCGGAUCAUGGCCAUGGUAAUGCGACGUUAAACCGAUUCAACAAGCGAUUUCCGGCGAAGAAAUUAAGUCCUUUUACAUGGGAUCUUUCCCAAAUCUCUAUACCUAAGGGCUGGCAUUGGAAUAGUUUUUCUAGCGGGUCAGUAGAUCCACAAUCCAGAAACUGGGUAUAUCGUUAUGAUUCUGCGAACGGGGAAGGCCAAACAGUAUAUUUGUUAGAUGAAGACGGUUACUGGCCAAACCAUGCGGAAUUUGAAAACAUGGGAGGAUCAAUUGAGAUGUUGCCUAUUACGAACCCAUUUGGGACUGUCCCAAUAAGUUCACCCGAUCUAGCUCAUGGGUCUUCGGUCGCCUCCAAGGUGGGUGGAUCUGUGUUAGGUUCAUGCAUAAAAUGCAGGAUUGUACUUGUUCCUAUCAAAGGUGUUGAACGCAUUCCUAGUGACACUUGGUAUGAGCGGGCAGUUGAACGGGUCCUGCAGCGAUUGAUAGACAUUCUGGAGGAUAUUCAGAGAAACAAUCUCCAGGGUAAGGCAGUUGUUAACAUGAGCUUUUCGUUCGCUGGGCGCGUUCUGAACGCUACAUUCCUUCGCUCAUUUUUUACACACCUUCAGUUAUUAGAAGACCAAGUACAGGCUGUUCUAGUUACCACAUCUGGCAAUGACUCCCCCAAAUUCCCGAUGAUCAAUAGUUACCCCGCCCUGUUAGGGAACCCUGCAAAUAGACUGGGUUACCUUCCAAACCUCAUUGUCGUUGGGGCAACAUCUCAUGAAGCCUGCCAAGCAAAGUUUAGCCAAUUUUCGGAUUGGUUGACGACUUUUGCUCCAGGUGAGAAGUUGUGGGUUCCCCUGGAUCCGGCUAUCUCGACUCCUAUGUUUCUAACAACUGCUUCUGGAACCUCUUUGUCCGCCCCUCUGGUAUCUGGUAUGAUAGCUUACUGGAGAUCGUUACAGUCUCCCUGGAGAGAUCAAUUAGCUCUUCCCCAAAAUGUGAAAAAGAUGGUCAAGAUCUUCCACCGACGCAUUCCCAUUCACGACCAGCAGAUUGAUCCUCUGUUGCGGAAACCUAUCAUCUGGAAUGGGCAGGUAAUAGAUUAUUCGUGUCUAGGAGACUAUGACACUAUUUCCCAAUGGGACACCACCCAAGCAUGCCCAAAGAUCAACCGAGAUCUCUCACAGGAAACGAAUGAGGGAGAAACUAUACAGCCUUGUGGUCCCGGCACCUUUGGCACCCUGGCUGAUGGUACCUACUGUCCACAUCUUCCAGAUGACGGCACGGGCGGUCAUAAAGUUACCUUCACCACCGGAGCAACGCCGGCGCCUACCUGCCCAUCAAUAACUGGCUGCGGUGGCCACCUAUGCACAGGAUUCUACUGUUCGCCCAACCCGACAGGAAUUCCCCCUGACCACCGGGACCCGAAAGAUCCGAACGCGAGCAAGCCAGUUCCGACUAGGACCAUCGAUGCGCCACCGGGACCGACAAAUAAGCCGACCACCACCAAAACGUCCGGUCCGGAGCCCACCUGUGACGACAAAUGCAAGUUGGACGCGGGAAACCGGUGCAAGUGCAGCGAGAAUGGAUGUGACAGUGAAUCGCCCAGCUGCUGCGCCAAUGCCAGCUGCCCAAUGUGUGAGUGUGGGGAGAACGGCUGUUCGCCCAAAUCACCUUCCUGCUGCGCCAGCGGGACUUGCGAGUGGUCCUGGACAGGAGGCGGCGGAGGUGACGGGUCUGGCAAGCCUCCAAACCGGGAUCCCAAGACCGGCACUGUCCUCAUGGUUUUCAUGGAGAGUCUUUCUCAAGGUCCCAGUGGUGAGGUAUGGACUCGCCAGUGGGAUAUUUUUGGUGCAGCAGGUGAUGCAAGCGUUGACAUGUGCUGGGACACGCCUCUUCUUGUUGCCGACUCUAAUAAAGACGCCACGGGAAACAAACCGGGCUUACCUCCUAAGCUUCCGACGAUCAGAACGCAGGGGGAAAAGUGCAGUUACUCUGGCACCGAGACUACGCUUGGCGAGUUUAAAUGUGAGCGGGGCCUUUCGGAGAGCAAGUGCCAGGUCUUGGAUCCAUUCCCACUUGAACGCUGUCCGCCGCUUGCGAACCCAGUUAUGCGUGCGAUUGUGCAUUGCAAGUGGAAGACAUGA